GGUUCGUCUCCUACAUGUAGGUACCCAAUCUCCGAGGUGCGUAAUCUCUACCCAGCAAACCUUGCCCUUUCUUUUCUUCUUCAUCGACGGAACACUCACGUCACAUCUACCUGGUCGGGACAUAUGGCGACCCGAACCGUGACGAAAGCAUGAAUUCCGGUUCGCAGGUAGCUUUGGGGCGGAUGGCAUGUGCGCCGCCGCGUGCCCUUGCCAUCUGCAGGGCGAAACAGCAGAGCGGGCGUGGGGAAUAAUGAAGCAAUCCGCCAUCUGUCUCGACAUGGUACUAGACUUAUUCCCAUUUGUAUGUGAAGCCAUGCAGCUUGGUCGCUCUGUCCCCUGGGAACAACAGCAACAAAGUGUCCAUGUAUGUCGUCACAUCUAUAAAUGGAACCUAGCAAACGGAAUCAGCAUGGAACUGUGAUUGGCUUAUGGAAAUAUGACAUAUUCAACGUCCCCCAUCAAUGGAUUGUCUUCUCCACGUGAACACCAUUUGAAUGCAUUCUACAUUGAAGCCUGAUUGGUUUCGGCUUAGCGCCAUGCCUGCGCCACAUAUGCUCAACCACCCUGGCAGAAGUCGACCGUGUAUUCCAACCCUUUCAUAAGUAAAUAAACAUAAUUCGAUUUGAUAGUUACCAAUGUAGACUGUACAGACGUGGAAUAAAUCUCGUCUCCCACCAAAAGACCUGUACAGGCACCCAUCACGACACAUGUACCUGUUCAGAAUUGCUCAAUCCGCCAAGAUUAAACCGCCAGUGACGUGCAUAGGAAUAGUGGCUUCACUCGACCGCUUCGACGACGACCUGUGUACUUACUCUUGACGGUGAAACUACUUGUCCACGGGCAUCCUAUGACCUCCGCGACACUGCAACACCACGCCAAGCCACACACCUCUCCCUAACCUUGCUCCCUUUUCGAGUCCAGUCCACCACCACCUUCGGUCCGUUCACAGCCAGUUCAUUCUACAUGCAACCCCUAUAGCGCCCCGCCCCCCGUAGCUCGCUCCUGCACCGCUGCGGGAUACCACCCACCUACAACAAUGUCCUCCGCUCGCUAUGCCUCUGUCCCGCACCAGCAACAACCCAAUGCUUACCGCCCACCGGCCCCCGUAGCCCAGGGCCCGCCAGGCACCUUCGCUCCAGGCACCAAAGUUCAGGUCGGCAACCAUCGUGUCACAAUCGAGAGAUAUCUGUCCGAGGGCGGCUUCGCUCAUGUCUAUCUCGUACGCGUUCCUACCCCCGAUGGCCAAGGCACUCCCGAGGUUGCCGUGCUCAAAAGAGUCGCUGUGCCCGACCGAGAUGCGCUCGCCAACAUGCGGACCGAGGUGGAGACGAUGAAGAAGCUCAAGGGCCACAAGCACAUUGUCACCUACAUGGACUCGCAUGCGUCUCAGCUCAAAGGGGAAGGCUUCGAGGUGUUUCUGCUCAUGGAGUUCUGCUCGGGUGGAGGGUUGAUUGAUUUCAUGAAUACCCGCUUGCAGCAUCGUCUCACCGAGCCUGAGAUUCUGCACAUCUUCUCGGAUGUCGCCGAGGGCGUGGCCACGAUGCACUACCUCAGGCCGCCGUUACUGCAUCGCGAUCUCAAGGUGGAAAAUGUUCUCAUCACCACCGUAGGGAACAAUCGCAUAUAUAAGCUCUGCGAUUUCGGUUCCACAGCCCCCCCGCGUCCCGCCGCGAAGACUGCCGCCGAAGGGAGAUUAAUCGAGGAUGAUGUGCAAAGACAUACCACGCUGCAGUAUCGCAGCCCCGAAAUGAUCGACGUAUACCGGAAACAACCCAUUGACGAGAAAAGCGAUAUCUGGGCCCUGGGUGUCUUGCUCUACAAGCUUUGCUACUAUACCACGCCCUUUGAAGAGGUCGGCCAAAUGGCCAUUCUGAAUGCGACUUUCAAAUUUCCAGCAUACCCUCAAUUUUCGGACCGCAUCAAGAAGCUCAUAUCAUCCAUGUUGCAGGAGAGUCCUCAACGGAGACCAAACAUCUAUCAAGUGGUCGUCGAGGUGUGCUCCAUGAGACAUAGAUCGGUGCCUAUAAAAGAUAUAUACUCGCAUAGGACCCAAUCGGAAGACCGGAGGAAUCAGCAGUUGCCUUCCCCCGAGCCAGAUGCUGCCUCGCCCCCAGUUAUUGGUCUUCAAAAGGUCGCCCCAGUGCAAAAAGUGCAAUCCAUCCCUGACAUCACCCCGAUGCGAAGGGGGAGAGUAAAGGCGCCCGCUGCCCAACCCUCUGCGGCGAAACCGAGUCCUUCGCCUAUAAGAGGAGAUCCGUUCGCGGCUUUGGACUCUGACAACGUCGAUGUGAGACGAGCAGCUGCAGACGAACUCGCGUCCCGAUUCCCUUCGUUAGAUCAGUUUUCGCUCCUGCAUGAUAGUGGGCAAAAGUUUGAAUUCGACCAAGGCCCAGCUGCCUCUGAUCCGCAGCUCAACCAAAAGGUUACCCAUGCUCUCGCUGAUCAAGUUUUUGCAUCCGUUUCUACCGGCAAUGCGGAGCUUGCGCCGCCAGCGAAGCAGAGCUCUACUCCUUCGAUCGCCAACAACUCAAGGUCAACAUCAACCAAGCAGCAGCCGCAACCGCCUAAACAGAAACAUGACAUCCCGAAAGAUACGCCACGUGCUUCCAACCCAGCUAUGCAACCGCCACCGAAACCGUCAGGAAUGGUAUCCACCGGAGUGCAGACAUCGCCCACCACGUCCCCAAACUCCACGCAGCCACCUCACUUUCCCGAUGUGAACAAGAGACCUAUUUGGCGUGUACCAGAUGUCAGCUCGCACAGUCGUACCAUGAGCCAGCCUCGAGCGUUCGAGAAACCGUUGCCCAGCCCAGGAGCAUUGCACACCCGGCCAUCGUUGCUCGAUUCUGCGCGGUCAAGAUCUCAUACUUCCGGCCUUUCUAUCCCCAGAUCUCCGGCGUCUUCACGCCCGUCCCUGGAAAGUUCACGGCCAUCUGCCAUGGAUCUCGGUAGCGCCCUCGACCGGUCCAAGUCCGCUCAGGGCCGACCGGUUAGUAUUCAUGUCGAGUCCAACCUCGAUUUCCUUCGAGAGCGAGAGGCUGCCCCAGGACGAAGUUUCGAUGCACCCUCAUUAUCCAGGGGACCGCCCUCAGCCGCGGUUCAAGACUCAGAUUCGGAAACGGAAGAGACCAACAUCACAUCCAACGUCAACUUCCUGCGCGCCAUGGAGAAUGAAGAUGCGUCCAGCAAGAAACACCGCCGCAGUAGCAGCCAGAGCAAGCAGGCGAAACGUAGCAGUCUUUCUUCCAUAACAAGCAACACGAAGAAUAUUGUAAAAGGUCGAUUCGGGGAUGCCUUCAGAAAGUUCGAAAGCAACACCUCGUCUGCGCCUGAACGAGGCCCUUUGACACCCACCCACCAGGACAUGGAUUCACAAAGUACGAAAUUAACUCCUAUUGCUGGCUCUGAAGCUACAGGAGGACUCAGCGAUGAUGACCGCGUGAUUGAUGAAACGGAGGACCUUCCCCCAGAAGUCCGCCGGGAGCUCGAACGGCGUCGUCUGAGCCAGGAAGAACGCCGCGUAGAAGCAGCCGCGGCCGAAUACCGUCAACGCAUUGCUCAUGAAGGAAAAGGCAAAGCCGGUCCAACUCGCGCAUCCACCAUUCAAAACCGGGUCAAGAAUCUGCUGGACGAGAGCCAGAAGCAACCUCCGACGAGUCGCACGGCCGAAGGCUAUGGCAAAUACACCGACCACGACAGACCGCCCUUGCCAACAAGACCGUCCGACCAGUCCGGCGCGUCUGCAAGACCGCCGCCCACCAUCGCACGCAAACCAAUCGCUCUUCCGACCCAACAGCAGCAACCGUCCACCGACCUCCCCUAUGCCAAACCACGCCCCAAUGUUCCCCACCUACCACCAUCAUCUGCGUCCGCUCCCCCAGCCACGCACCGAACCGCGACCGGUCCAGCUCCCGCCGCCAAUCGUCCCCCACCGCCCUCGAAACCGAAAAACCUGCGCACAGGAGGGGGCGGCCCGGUUCCUGAUUUUUCAGCGCCCGCUGGUCGCCAGUCGCCUAUCAAAAGCAGUGCCAGCGUGAAUACAGCGGGUCUACCGAUGCAGAGCAACAGGAACAAACCACUGCCCCCUGUCGUUGGUAAUCUGCCGCAUCGCCGGAACGAGAGCGGGUAUGCCAAUGCCAAUGCGAAUGUCGAUCCGGCGGAUUGGGAUGUAGACAGCUUCAGUAAACGCUAUCCUAGUUUGAGCGGGUUGGAGAUGGUGGAGACGGAGAUCCCAGCUAGAGGCACGGGUAGAUAA